GCCGCUUUGGCGUUGUUGUCGCUGUUGAACACGCGCGGCGACGCACCAUUUAAUCCGUGCACGAAAGGGUGGCGAAGGGUGGGUGCCGAGAUCGGUGGCGAGAGGAGGUCUGCCCCGAUGGUGGGCCGAGGGACACGAGUUUAGGAGGACAUUGGCUCGGUUCAGUGGUUCAGUCGAGAGAAGGAAGGAAGCUGGUCGAAGGAGAGGACGAGGCCGUUAACAAAGAUGAUGGCCCAAUUCACCAAGAGGCAAUGGCUCACGUUGAUCGUCAUCAGCAUCGCCGAUUUCGCGAACGCGAUCUGCGUUUCGCUCCAGGCACCGUUUUACCCGCAGGAGGCUGAGAAGAAAGGAGCAUCGCCAUCCGAGUACGGAUUGGUCUUUGGGAUUUUCGAGUUCAUCGUGUUCAUCAUCAGCCCUCUAUACGGACAAUACCUAAAUCGAAUCGGGCCAAAGCUGUUGUUCAACGGCGGUAUCCUGACAACAGGGACCUGCGCCAUCUUCUUCGGCCUGUUGGACAAAGUGAACGGCCAUUAUCCGUUCAUAAUCCUUUCGUUCGUGAUUAGAAUCGUGGAGGCUAUGGGGAACGCGGCGUUUCUCACCGCAAGUUUCGCCAUUAUCGCCAAAGAAUUCCCGGAUAACGUCGCCACCACUUUCGCCAGCCUGGAGACCUUUUUCGGUCUGGGCCUGAUCGUUGGCCCAACUGUCGGCGGUAUUCUUUAUCAGGUUGGAGGAUACACGACACCUUUCGUCGUCCUGGGAUCAGCUUUAUUCACAACCGCGGUCAUGACCAUCUUCAUCCUACCAGUUCAUUCCAACAGCAAUCAAACUAAUCCCAAUACAGUGGGUGUGAAGAAAGCUUUGAGAAUUCCAGGCGUAUUGAUCGCCACGUCCUCCAUAAUAGCGACCAGUAUGAGCAUAGGAUUUUUGCAAGCAACCCUGGAGCCUCAUUUAAGGCAAUUUGACCUGAGUCCUAUCGUUCUAGGCUUGAUGUUCGUGAUCAACGGCGGCACUUACGCCAUUACCGCCCCCGCAUGGGGGUGGCUCUGUGACAAGCAUUCGCAUCCGAAAGUAGCUACCGUAGCCGGAUGCAUCCUCGUGGUAAUAGGAUUUAUCUUAGUCGGACCAGCACCUUUUAUACCAUGCCCAACUCUACUCUGGAUGACGAUCUGCGGUUUGGUUGUUCACGGUUUAGGUAUGGCUGCACAACUGGUUGCCAGUUUCACGGAUGCUUUGAGGACGUCGAUACAAUACGGAUUCCCAAAUAAUUUAGAGACCUACGGUCUGAUCAGUGGAUUGUGGACAAGCACGUUUGCGCUCGGAGCCUUCAUCGGGCCCAGCGUGGCAGGAAUUUUAUUGGACAAUAUUGGAUUCAGAAAUGCUACCAUGUUCAUCGUGCUGCUUCACAUGCUAGUGGGCGCAAUGGCAGCUGUGUUCCUGAGCACGUGCACCCUGAGACACAAGCCUUACACAGAGAUCAACGCCACGGCAGAGGACCCGAGGACACCUUUGACGGACAGUUGCCAAUCGCGAAGCGGAAGCUAUCGCCACCCCUCGGCCAGGGGAGGGCAGGGCGUGCCGAUCGUGGACAGGCCGAGCGGCAUGAACUCCUUGAUCGUUUGCAACAGUUACUCGAACAGGGCCGGGGCAUGGUCCAGGGCGUCGUACAGCGGCCGUUACUCUCACAGUUACGGCUCGAUCGAGACGAAGAGGUAUCUGGAGAUGACCACGUGACGGGUGUCGUUGUAGAAAAGAAAAAAAAAAGAAAAGAAAAAAAAAAAAAAAAGAAAUAAGAAUUGCAACAUCUCGGACAGGGUCGUGCCCCGCCAGUAUUGUGAUCGCCUGAUUUUGACGUUUUUCGGGCUCUGUGGAUGGAUUUGUUCGAGGGGGGAGGGAGAGUUCUCUAUUGACCUGUCGUUGUGAUAAAUAAAUAUAUAUAUAUAUAUGUAUAUGUACAGUCGAUUCUCGGAAGGAAAAAGGAAAAUAUUGAAAGGUUGAGGUUUAUUGUGGUUAAAGUUAUAAUAAAAAUUGUUUCGAGUUGUGAAUGAUCGAACGAACGAAUGUUCGAGACACCUCAUAGAUGAGGUGCGAAGGUUUUAACGAUAAUGUUUAUAACUCGAUAAAUAAAAAGCCUCGAUUGACAUUAAUGUUUCGUCAUAUGGUGAUUUAGAUGCGUUCGUUUAGAAUUGACUGAGAGAUGUAGUGAGAUAGGAAUAUAUUAACACUCUGUGUGCACGAGUGUGAGAGAGGCAGGUUAGGGGAAUGGUAAUUUUUUUUUUUUUUUUUUUUUUAGUAUCUUAAUAUUCAUUUCGAAUAUCUAUUUUGAAGAGUUUGAUAAGAUGAUUUACGUGCAUUUGUGGCAAUAUGUUUGAUUCAAGUUGGAUUAGUAAUUCAGAGUUUAGGUUGAACUUUAAACAACUGAUUGAAUGGAAAUUGUAAUGGUAAUGUCUAUUUGAAAUUAUAUUUAUAUUCACUUUGCAUAUCUCGCCGAAGAAAUCUUUAUAAAAGGUAUAGGUAAUAGGUUGAUAGUGCGUGCACGUAUAAAAGUAAAUUAUGUAAUAUUUCGUCAAGGUAAUAAUAAAAAAUGAGAGAGGUGUUUCGCGAGGUUUAUCGGGAGGUAAAUUUUCUUAAUAAAAUUUAAUAAAAUCGAUGGAUGGAAAGAUGGCGAGUGGAAUAAUAACGAAAUGUUUAAUAAGAAUAUAUUUAGUCGAGUGGAAGAAAUAUAAUGUAGGUGUUAAAUUAAUCAAAUUAGGAUUUCUUCUUUUUU